AUGAAGACUGCCAUGAACUUCCUCGUUUUCCUCCUUGCAUUGCUUCACACGGCAGUCGCUGCCGACUCCUCCUCGUCCUCGUCAUCCUCAUCCUCCUCCUCAGUCAGUCCCACCAUGGUGUGGGUCACCGGAACCGAUGCCGACGGCAAAACAACCGUCACUCAGUCUGCGUAUUCGCAGACUUUUUCCACGUUGUAUUCCGAUGUUCCUUCUGCCAGCAGUGGCUCUGUCGGCUUGGGAAGUUUGUCGGGCGAGGUGGGCAACAUCCGAAGCUACACCCAUACCACCAUCAGCCGCAACGGAGCCUCUGGGUCGUCACAUCACCCCCACGGGUCCGUGGAGCGCACCAGCUUUGCGUUGGUGGCAGUGGUGUUGGCGAUGGGCUUCGGGGUGGUAUGCAUUUAA